AUGGCGGCGUCGACUCUUUUGACGGUAACCUCUUUUGACAGAUUUAGUUCACUUCUUGAAAGAAAGUAACGAAUCCUGAUCGGCUUAGGUUUACAAGGCACGAUACUGUGGUCUACCUGUGUCUGCCAGUUGAGUUAAGAUGACAUGCCACAAGGAAUAAUUGAAUCAAAACACAAGAAUGCCUAUUGAAAUGGAUAGUUUGCAAUAGAGAAUAAAUAGCACAGUGCUCAUUAUUUCUUACUUUAUUAGGGGCUUCUCUAUAACUGCUCAAUUUUAAAUCAACCCAUUUGAGAUCCAGCUGUAUUGGGUCAAGGGUGAAUGAUUGUGCUGUAAAUGGAGAAACCGAAACAAAAAGAACUUGUGAGCUUGAGUAGACCUUGUCAAGCAUGAGUGAUUCCGUGGCAAGGAUCUUGAAGGAGCGAGAACGCCGUCCAGGACAGGCGGAUGGCGAGGCAACGGGACGGUUCCUCUGGCGCAUCCUGCGUGAGUCGAUACGCAAGACGACCAAGGAGGUGGCCCGCGUCGACUCCAUGGAGAUUCACAUAGGACACGGCAUACAUCACUUGCGUAAAAUCAACCAUGUUAACCCUCUGCUUGAUGUCAUAUACAAUGCGGAAACACAGGAAUAUUUAACAAUUGACUGCCAUGGGAUUAACUUAUACCACAAAGAUGGCCGAGCCAAAGAUCAAAUUGAGCCGGAGGAACCAAUUGGGAAACUUAUGUACGCUCCUGAGGUGAAGAGAUAUGUCGGCUGGAACAAAGGGGAGGAAUAUCUGAAGAUGUUUACAGCAGAUUUUGACUUGAUUUCCGAGGCCAAGUCUCCGCAUCAGAUCUUCUGUGCAUUAUACAACGAGCAACAGAAUGAAAUAGUAACGGCUGGUCAAGCAUCCAUCAUGUCGUGGUGUUUCCGCUACGGUGCCAAGCAUCUCAUUCCUAAAAAGUCUAUCGACCCCAGUGGGCUGACAGCCGAGGACGUCUUCACGAUGAUAGCGCUGGAGAAGACGGCCAGUAGAGCUCAACGCUGUUUCGCCGUUCACGAUACGGGGGUGGCUGUCUUCAAUCUCUAUGAAGGGAAGCUACUCUCGUACAAGAAGAACCUUCACGUCAGGAACAUAACUAGCAUUUUGUUCUUCAACCCCCUGAAGCACCUGGUCACCGGGGCCAGAGACGGUUCCAUAAAGGUAUGGGAUGACGCCUGGCAUGUCCUCCUGGUCUUCGUGGGUCACUGUGCGGCGAUCACCGCCCUCUGCGCCUACCCCUACGGCCCUUAUAUCGUGUCUGCGUCGCAAGACUGUACGCUUCGUGUUUGGAGCCUGGAGACGUGCGACGAAGUGGAAAUGAUUGAAACUGACGAGCCAGUAGAGGGUCUCGGCACGAUCCUGCAGAAAGACAACAUUCAUUCAGUCUCGGCUAACACCGUGGAUCUGUGGCGUCUCAGACACAUCCACAACCUCUUCACAGCUGUCGGGAGCAAAGUGGCAAAAAUAAUGGUCACCGAUCAUCCAGACAUGCCAACUCGAGCAAUCUGUAUCUGCAAGGACAGCAGUGUACGGAUCGUCACUCCUGGGUCCGGUGAUGUACUGACUUCAUUCCUUGCUUCCUCCAAACAAGGCGUAUUAGAUGCUGCCUAUGCGGCUGCUGAUAAUGUUUUGUUUGUUGUCUGCAAAACCGGUGACAUCAUCAAAGCGGACACCUCCAAGAACCCCGCCAGGGUCAUGCGCGUCUGGAAACACGAGGGCCGCAACGAGAAGUCGUAUCUUAACACCAUCGCCCUGUAUGAGUACGUCAUCGAGCCAACGCAGACCUCGGACCUGCGCUGGAGCAAGACUAAGUCGAGAAAUCGUACUUUACUGAUCGGAGGCCGGAGAGAUGGGAAUGUUGCCGUGCUCCACUGGAACACGAUGGAAGUGGUCUUCCAGGCAGAUGCACAUGGAUUCAAGGGGGUACUUGGUCUUGUGGCCAACCCCAGGAAUGACCAGUUAAUCUCAACAGGUUUAGACAAUGUGAUCAAGGUGUGGCGUGUGUUCCCAUUUGCCGAGGAGUCCCUCGCCCCCUUGAUGUCCUUCUACUGCGCCCACACCCCUCUGCGCAUGACGGUCUUAAGGACAACGCUCUGCGUUGCGUUUCAAGAUGAGUCAUCAGCCACUUACAGUAUCGUCCAUUACAAUCUCAAGAACAAACAGCGCAACGAUCACAGCCCAAACGAGGACCACAUUGACACCAUCACUGGCUUGGCCUGCAAUCCACGCAUGGGAGUCUUUGGAUCAUCUAGCACUGACGGAACCAUCAAGAUCUGGGACGAAGACAAUAACCUCAUCAAGUCAAUCAAGCUGAAUGCAGAGGCACUGAGUCUCAACUUCUGUAGUCAGAAGGGCGACUUGUUGGUAGGAGUUGGGAAUCAUAUACAUAGAAUAGAUCAUAGCAGCUUUAUGCCGAGAUUGUACCUGAGGAAGAUGGUAUCCAUGGUGUUUCCCGAGGUACCAAUCGAGACGCCAAUACCCAUCGACGUUGACAAAGUACGAGCGUUAUCACCCAUGAGUAACAAGAGACUCAAAGCCGCUCACUCAUCAAAUUACAAAUUUGAUCAUUUUGUGGAUGUACUUACUGAGGAGGAGACGGAGGAACUAACUAGAGAGAAGAAACUUAAAGAAGCUGCGUUUACAUUAUUGGAUUCGAGAGAGGAAGAGCUGCGAAUGCUCCGUGACGGCGACUUCGACCAGAAACCCAAGAAGGCCGUCGUCUCUGCCGCCAAGAUCAAGAAGCAAGCCUUCAAGCAGUACUGGAACAUCGUCCACCUCGACACCGAUCAUCCCAAGAUCCCAGACCAGGAUGACUUCAAUCCCGAUGCGGGAGAUGAAGACGAGGAGUCCGAAGCUGCCUGGCGAGCUGAUCGAGAGCCUUCCGGAUUCUUCCCCCAUCCCUCGACGGUCCGCAGACCCAAACCUCCAGAACAACCAACAAUCUUUGAGACACAGCUGAAGGAGGAAGAUUACGAGGAUGGGAUCCGAGAGACGGUUGAGCAAGUUGAGGUCCCGCCGCCACCGUCAAAGCAGAAGCCGACACGGCUUCCCAUCAAUCCGUCCGGGUUUAUCCCAAACUCCGUCUUGAUCCGGUUGCUGUGGCCAUCAGAGGAGACUGAGAAGAUGAAGGAGCAGUACAAACCGCCAUCUCUGAGCGACGAUCAGCUGGCUCAGAUUGCCAAAAGGAGGCGGCCGAAGUCCAUGGACAGCCCAGAGCGGGUCAUUGUUUGGAGUGACGAGGAGGAGGAGUUGCCCAUACCAUCAAUAGGACCAACGCCGGAGAAGGAGAGGACACUGUCGCUGACCCCUGACCUGGAACAUGCGGACACCCCCAAGACAUCCCUCCUCGAUAAAUUCAACAUCGACAUUGCCCCCACCUCUCUUGACAUCGAUGAACAUGAGCCAACACCCACCCCACCGCGUACGCCCACCCCCGAGCCCAAACCGGAGACCCCCAAGGAAAAGCCUAAACCCCCUUCGAGACCUAAGGUGCAGAAGCUACCCAAGCCUGUAGUGAGGGAGGUCACGCCCAAGCUCAUCACACCCAGUCCUCCGCCUCCACCCACCCCAUCGCCGCCCAGGCCACCCACACCCUUGCCUUCGUUCAUCUCUCAAUUCAAAGGAGCAGCCUGGUUUGAGGAGUACUUUCCUAACACUUCAAAUAAGACGUUUCCCAAACCAUGGACAGCUACAGCCUUCGUGGCCAUGCUGCUCCGCCUCCUGAAGAUCUCCGACUACGCCAUGAAGACGCCCAUCCUAGAGGCCAUCAUCAUGCUAUAUCAGCAAGACUCGCUAGCUAACACCAAGGUGGUGGUCGACACGCUGAUGGGGGUACUCAACAAGAGCAACCCACCGACGUGUCAGGACCAGGAUGAAAAGAGCUUUAUCUUAAUGUCGCUGAGAGCUCUUCAAGCAAUGACUAAUCCUGACGCUGAAAUGAUUACAGAACUCAUCGUUCAGUUCCUGGAUGGCGACAAAGAUGUCAGAGAGUUGGUGCAUGACAUCUUCCUGUCGCUCGGCCUACAAGACAUGCAUAACUACUUCUUCAAGGAGCUGGAUGGAUGGGAUAUAUGGAACGUGGAUGAAGAGAAUCGAAAGAAAGAACUGAACGCCAUGGCCAGACGGUGGAUAGAAAAGUGGCUGGCACUCUUCAAGAGUCAUCUUAGGAAGACGAUUGAGCAACUGAAGAAAGGCAAAGUGGCUGGCAACAUCCAGCGACGUCAAACAUCGAGAGGAACUCCUCCAUCUGAGUCACCGAGCAAAGGAAAAGGGAUUCUGAAAACCAAGAGCGAUCAGGGCGAUGAUUCCAAGCCCACGUCGUCCAAGUCUGAAACUCGAUCCAAUUUCUCCCAAGGUAGAGAGAAUUCACCGGUUGUAGAAAGCUUUCUUCAGAACCAGCAGCUAACAGUGACCUUUGACAUGCCUCCCGAUCCAAGCAUGGUCGAGAAUGCAGUCCCGCUGGAGGCCAUUAACUACUUUGUGGAGAUGGAGUACGAGAAGUACAUGGAGAGGAUGCGACUGGCCGCCGCUAGAGAACAGGCCAGCAAGGAGGAACCUGAAGACAAGAAGAAUACGGUGCUGGUCCUCCCAAAAAUCAGAAGAGGAAGCUCGGAUGAAGGGGAUCUGGACAGCAGUUUUUUCCUUGACUCCAAGUUCAGCCUUUCUGGAGAGCACAAAACACCCAGCGAGCUUUGGGAUGAACUUCAGAGGAUGAAGAAGAAACGCCGCACACCAGAAAGAAUCAGGAAAAGUAAACCAAGCCUAGUCCGACUAGGUGAGACUCACACUAGCCAAUGCAGGCCCCACAGAGAAACAACACAAGUAGCUGAUCUGCGUCUUCCUCCAAUAGCCUCUGCCAGACGAUUCGACUUUGACGGCCUCUACAAUUCCACAACCAAGAUCGACUUCCCAAUGAAGACGCUGUAUAUGAACCCUUUCCCGAGCCCCAUCGACGUAUACGACCAGCUUCAUCAGCCUAUUCUCCUAACGCUUAAAUCUGCCCAGAAAUAUUUUGUGCCUGGACAGUCCGUCGUAAGAGAGGAGAACUUCAGGUGAUGUUGCUGGAUUAAACGCUUUGAGCCAUGAAAUUGGGCCCUGAACUGAAAGAUAAAAGCACUUCCUACUCAAUUUUGAUCAAUUGUGAGAGAUGCCCUUUUCUUGACAAACUCAAAUUUGUAAACAAGAUAUUACACAAAAAGUGUGAUCCUCAUUCCUGAUGAAGCUUUAAAAACAAUUAAAUUAUUUAUGUAUUAAUCAAUUUGUUAACCAUGGGAAAUUUCUGGGGAAUUACCGGUAGAAUUUUACCUGGAGGGUAAAAAAAAACCUGUGUGUUAUCUUCGCUAAAGCAAGUGUUUGUAUACAAAACAUUAUAUUUAUAUAUUUACAUGUAUACAAUUGAAAAUAAGAUGGAUGGAGUAUGGGUUUAACUUUCUCCGGGAUUAAUCCAAGUUGUUUUGUAGUGUAUAAAGGGUAUAUGAGAAGAGCCAUAAUAGUUGAAACAAAUAUUACAGAAUUAACACUUUAACCUAAACAAGAGGACUGUAAAUAGUUUUAUACCUUUUUUUUUUUUGGGGGGGGGAGGUAGGGGAUUUAACAAAAACAAAUUUAAGAGACGAACUGAGAAGUCUCCCACAUUCCAAAAAUAUACUCCAGGGUAGUAGAAUAUAAAGCAAGACAUUUAUCUAUUUAGAAGAAACCGCAAGGCCAAAUAUAUAUCUCAAAAUGAUUUGUUAUUCUGAAAGCCAACUGAUUUAAAAGAUUUGAAAUUUUGAAGUUUAAACCAUUUGUUAGUUUUCAUUGUUUCUGUGCUCAUGUGUUACCGUUUGUUUAUGCUUUAUUAAAUGAUAUUAAGCAGCAAACACAUUUAGAGACACAACAUAUGACAAUAAUCAAAUUAAUUAGUAGGACUUUAUUGCAACAAAUACUAUUAUUAUUUGAACACCAUUUAUAUCAUUGCACUGGUGCAAAAAAUGUAUCUCAAUUUCUUUAAAACAUUGUGUCUUGCACAAAAUUGUGCAGUGCAAACAAAUAUUGAUCAAUUCAUCUGGGCCAUUCUUUCUGAACAAAACAAAAAUUAAAAGUUCAUAGAUUUACAAAUAACUUACAGGGUUUACAGAAGGUAAUCGUGAA